AUGUCAGAACUCUUUGGAGUAUUGAAAUCUAAUGCUGGCAGAAUUAUUUUGAAGGACCCCUCCGCCACUUCUAAAGAUGUUAAAGCAUAUAUAGAUUCAGUUAUCAAUACCUGUAAGAAUGGGAGUAUUACAAAGAAAGCAGAACUGGACGAAAUCACUGUUGAUGGUUUAGACGCCAAUCAAGUUUGGUGGCAGGUCAAACUAGUUCUUGAUAGUAUUGAUGGUGAUCUAAUUCAAGGAAUUCAAGAACUCAAAGAUGUUGUCACGCCUUCUCACAAUCUCUCUGAUGGUAGCACCCUGAACUCAUCAUCCGGGGAAGAAAGUGAACUAGAGGAGGCAGAAAGUGUUUUUAAAGAAAAGCAGAUGCUCUCUGCUGAUGUUUCUGAGAUUGAGGAGCAGAGUAAUGAUAGUCUUUCCGAGAACGAUGAAGAACCUAGUAUGGAUGACGAAAAAACCAGUGCAGAGGCAGCUAGAGAAGAAUUUGCGGAGGAAAAAAGAAUUUCUUCUGGGCAAGAUGAAAGGCAUUCUUCACCCGAUCCUUAUGGUAUCAAUGAUAAGUUUUUCGAUCUCGAAAAGUUCAAUAGGGAUACUUUAGCUGCAGAAGAUUCUAACGAAGCUUCUGAGGGGAGUGAGGAUGAAGAUAUAGAUUAUUUUCAAGAUAUGCCUUCAGAUGACGAGGAGGAGGAGGCUAUUUAUUAUGAAGACUUUUUUGACAAACCCACAAAAGAACCUGUGAAGAAGCACUCUGACGUAAAAGAUCCAAAAGAAGAUGAAGAAUUGGAUGAAGAAGAGCAUGAUUCUGCCAUGGAUAAAGUGAAAUUAGACUUAUUUGCGGAUGAGGAAGAUGAACCGAAUGCUGAGGGAGUGGGAGAAGCCAGUGACAAGAACUUAUCUAGUUUCGAAAAGCAACAAAUAGAGAUUAGAAAACAGAUAGAACAAUUGGAAAACGAAGCGGUUGCCGAGAAGAAAUGGUCUUUGAAGGGUGAAGUAAAGGCAAAGGAUCGUCCCGAAGAUGCAUUGCUCACUGAGGAACUUGAAUUCGACAGAACUGCAAAGCCUGUUCCUGUUAUAACAAGUGAGGUCACAGAAUCAUUAGAAGAUAUGAUUAGACGAAGGAUACAGGACAGUAACUUUGACGACCUUCAAAGAAGAACCCUGUUAGACAUCACACGUAAGUCUCAACGGCCUCAAUUUGAAUUGAGUGAUGUUAAAUCCUCGAAGUCGUUAGCAGAAAUAUAUGAGGAUGACUACACACGCGCUGAAGAUGAAUCUGCAUUAAGUGAAGAGCUUCAAAAGGCACAUUCCGAAAUAUCAGAACUUUAUGCUAACUUGGUAUAUAAAUUGGAUGUGCUUUCAUCAGUGCACUUCGUUCCUAAGCCAGCAAGUACUUCUUUGGAAAUUAGAGUUGAAACACCCACUAUAUCGAUGGAGGAUGCUCAACCUCUCUAUAUGUCGAAUGCCUCUUCUUUGGCUCCUCAAGAGAUAUACAAUGUCGGUAAAGCAGAAAAGGACGGAGAAAUUCGCUUGAAGAAUGGUGUUGCAAUGUCUAAGGAAGAAUUAACCAGAGAAGAUAAAAACAGAUUGCGCAGGGCUUUGAAAAGAAAAAGAUCGAAAGCUAAUUUGCCAAAUGUAAACAAAAGAUCUAAAAGGAAUGAUGUUGUUGACACUUUGUCAAAAGCCAAGAAUAUUACUGUUAUCAAUCAAAAGGGUGAAAAGAAAGAUGUUUCCGGUAAAACGAAGAAGAGCAGAUCAGGGCCAGAUAGCACAAAUAUAAAACUUUGA